AUGAGCCUGCUACCUUUGGGCGUGGGCAAGGCCGUCUCGUCUCCUCCGGUGGGACCGUCUGUGGCGAUCGUGUCGUCAUCAUCGGCAUCGUCAGCGAGCUUCGAUUCUAGCAGCCGGCGAACGGCAGCACAGUCGAACGCAGCAGCAGCGGCGAGCACGGCAGGCAGCACAGUGGCAACGCCACGCAAGGGCCAGGGCGCACGAAAACAGCACCGCAACACGAACAAGGCGUACCGACGGCCAGACGACGACGACGCGAUGGCCGAGGCGCGAGCGCUGCGCAACUCAUCGAGCCGGCGAGGCCAGACGUCGAUUACGCAUCUGCUCAACUACGCGGCACCGUCACGGGCGUAUCUCGAGCGAGCACACGACUACCGGUCAAGCCAGUCGUACCGCGGCCAUCACGGACACUACAGCCACCACGGACACCACAGCACGGCCGUGGACAAGGCGCGGUUCGUGCACGCCAACUACCGGUUUGUGGUGUCGCCGACAGGCGACUACACGCGACAGGCAGCCGAUGCGGACGAGCAUGUCGAGUGGGCCGACGUGUUGCAGGUGCUGGCGUCGACUGAGUCGCAGGCGUCGGCCUGUCCGAUCUGCCUGUCGGAACCAGUGGCGCCGCGCAUGGCCAAGUGCGGCCACAUCUUCUGUCUGGCGUGUCUGAUCCGCUUCAUGCACGCCAGCACCGAUGCGGAUGAGCCAGGGCGUGGUGGUGUGCGGCCAGCGAACAGCAGCACGACGGAGCGGCGAGGGGCCAAGUGGAAAAAGUGUCCGAUCUGCGAGGACAGCAUCUACCUGGCAGAGGUGCGGCCGGUGCGGUUUUAUGCCGGACAAGAGUGCGCGCUGCCGCGGCCAGGUGACGAUGUGGUGCUGCGGCUGAUUAUGCGGCACGCCAGCUCGACGGUGGCACUUCCGCGUGAAGGCAGCAGCGGCAGCGGGAUCCCGUGGCACUUUGCGGCGAACGUGCUGGACUACGCCCGGAUCAUGAAGGGGACAGGCGACUACAUGGUGGAGCAGUAUGAGCGGGAGCUGGAAGAGCUGGAACGACAGGAACGCGAGGACGAGCUGCUCUUCCACGAGGACGGCGAGUGGUCACAGAGGGCAGCGCGAGCGGUGCGGACGGCGAGAGAGACGAUGUUGCAGGAGGAGAGCAGCAGCCGGACUGCGGUCGAGAAAGCGCAGGAGCCGGCGUUGCGGUCGGACGAACAGCAGUCGCAGCAAGAGGACUUUUUCUUCUACAUGGCACCGCCACACCUCUACCUCUCGCCGCUGGACAUCCGCAUUCUCAAGACCAAGUACGGAGCCUUUUCGAGCUUCCCGUCGACGCUGCUGCCACGGGUUGAGCACCUGUCGCUGGGACACACGGUGGACGAUGCGAUGCGUCGCCGCGCCAAGUACCUGGGCCACCUGCCGGCCGGCUGCGUCGUGUCCUUUCUCGAGUGCGACUGGACCGACAUUGUGCCGGCCGAGACGCUGGCAGGUUUUGCCGGCGACAUUGAGCGACGCCGCAAGCGGAACCGCGACAAAGCUGCCCAGGAGGAGCGCGAGCGGCUGCAGGCCGAGCGGCUGGAGCUGGCGGCCGCCCGGAGCACACGACGACUGGGAGCGGGUGGUGGUGGUGGUCGCAGCAGCGGUGGACGUGAUCUGGACAGUACUUUCGGUGCCGACUUGGUGGAUGUGGUCGACAUGAGCGAUUUCCUGCCUCUGGGCGGUAGUGGUGGCGAGAACGUGUCGACGUCUUCGUCGCCACCGAAUCCGCGACCAGGCUUUGGCCACCUGGCCGAUCUGUCGACGAGCCCGACGACCGUCUGGGGCACGCGGAUUGUGGCAUCGUCGCCGCAUCUGGGACCAGCCGCCCAGUCGAGCCAGGGCCGUCUGGCCGAUGUCGAUGACGGCUGGCUGCGAGACGAGCAGCUGCUGGCGGCUGGCGACCUGACAGACGCCGACGUCGCCGCCCAGAUGGCAGCCCUCGGCCUGGAAGGCGGCAGCGGCAGCAGCAGCAGUGCUGUCGGGGCGGCAGAGCGUGCUGCAGGCUCUGUCAAUACAGCCUCUGCAGAAUUGGCAAAACCGAAGAAGAAAAAGAAGCAGAAGAUCACGCUGAUGAGCACAGGCAGCCGUCGCGGGCUCUGA